GUGGACUGCGCUCUGUCCCUUGUUCGUCUUGGCAUGGAAAGGAAUAUUCCUGGUCUGCAGGUGCUUUGUGACAAUCUGGUCACUCUUGAGACGGUGGUUUAUGAGACCGAUGGUGAUCGAACUUUAACUUUGAAGGAACUUGUAGAGAUGAAGGACAUUGAAAAGUUGAGACUGUUGAUGAAGAAUUCCUCUGAUGAAAAGUAUGUGAAGAAUGUUUAUCAGUGGAUGAUCCCUUUUCUCCACCGCUGUGAAAAUCAGUCUCCUGGUCUGGCAAAUUCACUUUUUAAAGAGUAUUUAGUAACAUUAGCAAAGGAAGACCUGACUCUACCUCUGAAGAUAUUUCAGAAUUCAAAACCUGCUUGUCAGCAAAAAAUGAUUCCUGAUCAAGACCAGCUUAUGAUUAUGGCACUGGAAUGUAUUUAUAGUUGUGAACGAGAUGACCAGCUCGCUCUCUGUUACGAUAUUUUGGAAUGCCUUCCACAAAGAGGAUAUGGGCUUGAAACAGAUAAAACUAAUACUCUUCAUGAUGAAGUAGAUGAACUGGAACAAAUUCUUAGUGUGUCAGAGCUGUUGGAGAAACAUGGACUUCAGAAACCCGUUUCCUUUGUGAAAGACACAAAGGACAACGUGGAGGAGGCACGGAAGCUGAUGAUCAGACUGACGAGGCACACAGGUCGCAAGCAGCCAUCAGUCAGUGAGACGCACUGGAAGGAAUUGCUUCAGGAUAUGUUAGACAUGCAGCAGAAAGUAUAUACAUGUUUACAUUCAGAUACUUGCUAUGAGGUAUUCACAGAAAGCCUUUUAUGCUCAAGCAGUGUAGACAACAUCCACUUGGCUGGGCAGAUGAUGCAUUGCAGUAUUUGUUCAGUGGAUCUACCAAGCUCAUCAAAAGGGAAGCCACAGUAUCGAGUCAGCUAUGCAAAAAGUAUCGAACUAGUUUUGGCGGCUGGCAGAGAGUAUUUCAAUUCCUCAACAAGUCUGACUGAUAGCUGUAUGGAUUUGGCCAGGUGCUGCCUGCAACUUAUUGUAGAUUGUCCGAGUGCUAUUCAGGAGGAGCUAGAUCUUAUUCGUGCUCUUGGCUACCUUGAAGAGUUUGGUGUGAAAGUAUUACCAUUACAAGUGCGUUUGUGUUCGGAUCGACUUAGUCUCAUCAAGGAUUGUCUUGCUCAGUUGUCAACAAACUAUAAGCAGUCUGCGAAGCUCCUGGGACUUGCAAAUUUGCUAAGGGUUGCAGGAGAUGAUCAGAUGGAGAGAAAAGGUCAAGUUUUAAUCCUUUUAGUGGAACAAGCUCUCAGUUUCCAGGACUACAAAGCAGCUAGUAUGCAUUGUCAAGAGCUCAUGGCCACAGGUUAUUCUAAAAGCUGGGAAGUAUGCAGUCAGCUUGGACAAUCCGAAGGCUACCAUGAUUUGGGUAUGCGUCAGGAGCUCAUGGCUUUUGCUCUGACACACUGUCCCCCAAGCGCCAUAGAGGCAUUGCUGGGAGUGAGCAGUUCUUUGCAAACCCAGAUUCUUUAUCAGGCUGUGAAUUAUCAGUUUCUUCCUUCAGAAGGAAGUGAGAAUAUAAGUAUCUCAGGACCUUCUUCGUUGAUCAGUAAGGAUGCAGAGGACGAAACCAACGUCUCCUCUAGCCAGUCUGCUGAUUUGUUGUACUGGACGACAUCAAAAACUAUGAAGGUGUUGUCUAACACAACUAUGACUACAAAAGCCAUGCUGCAUGCUGUCAGUGACGGACAGUGGUGGAAGAGAUCGUUAACUUAUCUUCGACCAUUACAUGGCCAAGAAUUUGGAGAUGUAUUAAAAAGUGGGUCAGCAGAAAAUGCCACUGUGGAAAAACAAGGCUGCCAUCCAUUUUAUGAGUCUCUAAUUGCUGAUCCAUAUGUUGCAGAAUCUGAAAUCAGCUAUGGCACAUACGAGAGCAAUUCCUUGGAAAGCUUUGCAGAAGUAUUACUGAGAACAGAGAAACUGACAGAAACAAAGAGCGAAGGAAAAGACCUGCUUCCGACUACAGAAGUUCUGCUACAACUGGCAAGCGAUGCUUUACCAAAUGAUACAGCCUUGUCUCUUGCCUAUCUCCUUGCACUGCCGCAGGUGGUAGAUGCCAACAAAUGCUUUGAAAAGCAAUUACAUUCUGCGUUAUCUCUCCAGCUGGCAAGUUAUUACUAUAGCCUGCAGAUCUAUGCUCGUUUGGCACCAUGUUUCAAGGACAAAUGCCACCCUCUCUACAGGGCUGAUCCAAAAGAGCUGAUUCAGAUGGUCACAAAGCAUGUUACUCAGCAUAGCUAUACAGACUGGCCUGAAGAAAUUGCUAAUUUGAUAAAUCAGCUGCAUUACUACAAUGAACGACUGCUGGAUUUCACUCAAGCUCAGAUUCUGCAAGGACUUGGCAAAGGAGUGGAUGUGCAGAGGUUUACAGCAGAUGGACAGUACAAGAGAGAAACAAUACUAGGACUGGCAGAGUAA